CUUUUUCUCUUUGUUGAAAAGAAAGAAAAACCGUUUUCUUUAAAAAAGAACUCAUCUACGUUUCAUCAACAAAAAAAGUACUGCAAGAAAAGAAACAAAAAGCUUUCUCUUUAAGCGUACUUGAACUCGACAACCUUUUUUUUUCUUUUGCUCUUUUUUUCUUUUUUUGGUUUAAAAAAAAGACUCCUUUUUUUGUUGCGAAUUCAACAUGACAGACGUUGUUGACAAUACGCCAGUCUCAAAAAAGAGUUGGAAAAGCUAUUUUGCUUUUAUUAAAGAUCCUAAGUUUUGGAAAGUUCUUUUACUUGGUCAGCUUCUUUCUUUAUGUAUAACAGGCACAAACGUUGUCACUACCACUCUCAGCACCAAAUACAAUUUUGCAGCACCUACCACGCAGACAUUCCUUGUGUACGCUUGUCUAGCCUUUGUCUACAAUUGUUUUGCUAUUUAUAAGCGAGGUAUCAAGGGGUGGCUCCUUCAAUUUUGGCAUAGAGGCAUUUACUAUUUUAUCCUUGGCUUCAUCGAUGUGGAAGGCAAUUACUUUGUCGUGAAAUCCUAUCAAUACACCUCGCUCCUGUCUGCUAUGCUGAUUGAUUGUUGGAGCACUCCCGUCUGUAUGUUCUUAUCUUUCCUGCUCCUCAAAGUGCGCUAUCGUUGGGUUCAAUACGUAGGCGUCUUUAUAGCUCUUUGCGGUCUCGGCAUGCUCGUAGCGAGUGAUGUGAUCACCGACAAGAAUUAUGGUGCCGUGGAUGCUGUGAAAGGCGACCUGUUCUGUCUGCUGGGUGCUACUCUGUAUGGCUUCUCCAACGUGGGUGAGGAGUACAUGGCUCGUAAACAUCCCCUUUAUGAAGUCAUUGGCAUGUUUACCUUUUUCGCUACUUUGAUCAACUUGGUGCAAAUCUUUAUUUUUGAACGCGAAGAAUGGGCUGGCUUCAGAGAUACGGCCAUUGCUGGUAUGGUAGUGACCUAUACCAUUUGUAUGUUUGUCCUCUAUUCGCUGGCACCCGUCAUGUUCCGUCUGGGAAGUGCUGUCCUGUACAAUCUAUCCAUCCUGACCAGCGAUUUCUACGGCUUGAUCUUUGGUUUAGGCUUGUUUGGCUACUCAGUCACUGUCAUGUAUCCCUUUGCUUAUGUCGUCAUUAUCGUCGGUAUUGCUAUUUACCAUAUCUUUCCCACACCGCAACCUGCCGUUGGGGCUUUUGAUGCUGAUACGGCGGAUAGAGAAAGAAACGAUUUGUUGAAUCGUCCAGCUGAAUAUGAUAUUGAGCGUCAACCUACUUUGGAUGUUACUAAUGAGACGGUUUUGGGUACUGGCACUACUGCUUCAUCCACUGAACCUAAACAUGGAUAGGUGUCUAUGCACCUUUUUUUUUUUUUUUUUUCUAGGGAAACGUAUACCUUUUUAUCAUAUUAUUUAUUCUACACGGAGAGAAAGAGGAAACAAUUUCCCUUUCUUUUUUAGUGUAUGUAUAUAUAUAUAUAUAUAUAUAUAUAUAUACAUGUAUA